GAAUUCCAGGUAUUCUCGUGCUUCUCGUGGGGUUUUCACCAGACUCUGAAAAUUUUGAACUUUGAGAUCCAACGUGUCGACUCGGUCAUCGCUCAGAGAGAGAGGUUCCUCCGUCAUGUACAGCGGCUCCAGUGACGGCGAAACCCAUGAGGCCGCGCAGAGGAAAAUUCCGCCGGCCUCGUCCAUGUUGUGGGUCAGAAAUUUACGUCGAUUCAUCGGAUCCGGUGCUGGUCUUGGAUCCGAAGCAUUGAUGGAGCUUGAAACAAAAAGGAUUUUGCUUGACAUUUUUAAAGAAAAGCAGAAGAAAAGUGCUGAAGCUGGUUCAAUUCCAAGUUUCUAUAAGAAGAAACCUGAAGAGGGAUCAAUCAGUCAUAGGGUACAGAGAUUGGCAAAGUUUCGGUUUCUAAAGAAACAAUCAGAUCUUUUGCUGAAUGCUGAUGACUUGGAUGCAAUGUGGGUCUGUUUGAGAGAAAAUUGUGUGAUUGAUGACGCCACUGGUGCAGAAAAGAUGAAUUAUGAAGACUUUUGCCACAUAGCCUCUGUAUGCACAGAACAAAUAGGUCCCAAAUGCAGACGCUUUUUCAGUCCUUCAAACUUCAUGAAGUUUGAGAAAGAUGAGCAGGGAAGAAUUGCCAUCCUACCGUUCUACCUUUAUGUGAUGCGAACAGUUUCUCUUACACAGGCAAGAAUUGACAUGAGUGAGCUUGAUGAGGAUUCUGAUGGUUUCCUUCAGCCACAUGAAAUGGAAUCCUAUAUAAGGGGUCUUAUUCCAAACUUAGCACAAUUACGUGAUAUGCCGGCAGCAUUUGUGCAAAUGUAUUGUCGCAUAGCUGCACACAAAUUCUUCUUCUUUUGUGAUCCUCAUAGGCGAGGAAAGGCCUGCAUUAAGAAAGUAUUGCUUAGUAAUUGUCUCCAAGAACUGAUGGAGCUUCACCAGGAAAGUGAAGAAGAAGUCCCAGACACAGAACAAGCGGAAAACUGGUUCUCUUUGACAUCUGCUCAACGAAUAUGUGAUAUGUUUCUUGCCCUUGAUAAAGAUGCGAAUGGGACAUUGAGCAAGCAGGAGCUUCGAGAAUAUGCUGAUGGAACUUUGACUGAAAUCUUUAUCGAGAGAGUAUUUGAUGAACAUGUUCGUCGCGGAAAGAGUGGUGGUGGUAAUGCCCGGGAGAUGGACUUCGAAAGUUUCUUGGAUUUUGUCUUGGCUUUAGAGAACAAAGACACCCCAGAAGGCUUGACUUAUUUGUUCCGAUGUCUUGAUCUUCAGGGCCGGGGUUACCUUACAACAGCUGAUAUUCACUCCCUUUUCAGAGAUGUACACCAGAAAUGGAUAGAGGGCGGCAACUAUGAACUCUGCAUUGAAGAUGUAAGAGAUGAAAUCUGGGACAUGGUCAAGCCAGUAGAUCCUCUUAAGAUCACAUUGGCUGAUCUUCUGGCUUGCAAACAGGGUGGAACUGUAGCCAGUAUGCUCAUAGAUGUGCGUGGCUUCUGGGCUCAUGACAAUAGAGAAAAUCUUCUCCAGGAAGAAGAAGAACCAGAAGAAGAAUAAUAUCGUACCUCUCCAGAACAUGCUAACAGAAAACUGUUGCCUGAUAAUUUUCUUUGGAUAUGUGAUUCUCACAAGAUGCAUCCCUUGGAUCUGUUAGAUCUGCGAUUCGUUAGUUGUGUGUAGUGUAUCUUGUAUCUUAAGCUGAUUUCAAAACAUCAGUACUAGUGUAUCUAGCCCUGUAUUGAAACUAAACAUCUUUGUUUGGCCUACUUUUUGUGAUGAUAUAAUGUGGAAAUAUCUUGUUCAUCUAUGUCAAGCAACGAUGGAUCUCCUCUUUAAUCA